AUGAAACCUUUCCAAAGCAAUAUCAGCAUUCCCGAGAAGGGCGAAUCGAAGAACGAAAAACAAGGUACUUCGACCCCUAUCACAUCUCCCAAGAAGAAGACCAAGGUUGGAUAUUCCCCAACUGGUAAUGGCUUAAAUGGUGAAUGGACUACAGAGAAACGAGAGAAGUUUAUGGAUCACAUCAUAGCUCUGGGGUAUAAGGCUGCUAGCUUGGAUGAGAUGGCUCAAGAGCUGGGAUUGAGUAAACGUCAGCUCAUCAAUCAGCUUACCACGGGUAGAAAGAAUUUUAGAAGUAUCGCUGUUGCUGCUAUUAAAGGAGAGUGA